AUGAAUUAAGUAGUUUCCAUUAAAGUAGAAUAAUAACUCAAACCAUAAAUUUAUUUGUUCUAAUUUUCAAAUGAAUAAUUAGUUGUCUAAGCAUUGAUUUAACUAAUUGAUCAAUAAUUGUCCCAUAUAUCUAUCAGAAAUAUCUAAUUUAAUUCUCAAUUACAAGAGCCUUUUAUUUUUAAAAUUAUUCAUCUAUUGCACUUAAAGAUCAGAAGGGAACUGUGA